UUUCGUUCAUUUAAAGAGAAAGAGGAAGAAAGAUCUGAUAAGCUAUCUGAUGUAUAGUAAAAUAUACUAUCAUAAAAUUUAUCUGCCUGCUGAAACAGAUGAUGUGUAGACACAAUAAUAUUAUUCCGUUGUAAAGAAGUAGUCGAUGACCCACAUUUGCACCUUCGUUUUAAUAAUCACGCAUAUACUAUAUUGACACUCGUAAAAAAUUCAAUCGUAAUAAAAUGAUUUCAUCCACAUGAGAAUUACAACAUGAGUCAUGUUAUAUAGAGUGUCCCAAAAUUGACAGUGAGCGUAAAUAUAUUUAACGCGUUAGAAAAUUUUUAAUUAAAAAUGUGUUAGCAAUAUGUGCUUAUAUAAAUAAGCGCAGAAUUUACAAUAUUGUUUCAAUGCAAAUUCACUUAAAACCGUUAUUUUGUAAUAAUUUAAUUUAUAUAAAAAUAUUUAUAAGAUAUUGACAGAAAAAGAUAAAUACUUUAUAUGUAAUUAUAAUAAUUCGUAAUUGCAUAUUUUUACGUUUCCAUACUUUAUCAUGAAUCAUACCCGUGACGUUGAGCAAUUGAUAUACUGUUUUAAAACGCAACAAUGAGUAUUCGCGACCUCAUUUUAUGAUCAUAAAAUCGAUAUAUAUACGAUCGUAUCAAAACUCGCCAUCUUUUCGCUAUUAAUGUCGAUUACGUGCGAAUUAUAGAGAUACAGUAUUAUCGAUUUGCUGCGUAUUGUUUUAUAUUUAAUGUAGAAAGAUCUUGCAAAUUAAAAGUUCAAUAUCCUUUAAUUCUAAAUUCUUUUUUUAUCUUUUUUUCUCGAAUAUUUUUAUUUAAAUAUAGAAUAUAAAGAGAAUUAUGUUUUGCCAUUUUUAGAAUGCCCCUCGUAGGAGCAUGUUUCAAAGUGUGGAUUUAUUUUGGGCUCAUUUAUGGUUGGAGUGAAAGUGCUCGACCACGUUUUGAUACAUCUACGGAUAUGGGAUUGGUAUUAGUUCCAGCCGAUGCCGAGGUCGAUUCCGUAAUCUUUCGGUUACGCGCCACCGAUCAGGACGCGGAUUUUCCUCUCGUUUUCGAAAUAACUGCAACAAUUACGCCCGUUGUAAGAAUCGACAACCUGCCGUGUACGCUGUACAACAAAGUCUGCCAGGCCAAUGUAAUCUUAACGAAACGCCUUAUGCCCGGACGUCUUCACGAUUUUGCAGUCAGGGUUCGGGAUACUAAGGGAGACUCAAAUUCAAUGCAGGCUACCAUUUCCGCAACGAAUGCCACGACGUCGCGUGAUAAAAUAUUUCCUCACAUUCCUUCUUUAAUAAUGGUACCUGAGGAUACUAAACCAGGUACAGAACUAGAUUAUCUUCUCGUACGAGCAAAUUCUUGGAGCGGCAAACCUGUUUAUAUCGAAUUAUGGCAGCUCAUGCAAAUUUUACAAUGUUUAGGUGAGAUUAUCCUCGCUAGGCCUUUAGAGGAACUUACGCAAAUUACUCAUAUUGGUGCACCGGUCGUGCUGACUGUGGUAGCUGAGGAAAUACGAAGAUCUAGAGACGAGCCGCCAGCUCAGGCAACAAUCGUCGAAGUCGGAUUCCUUCUUGGAGAACCAGGCAACAGCCCGCCAUAUUUUGAAAAUGAUAAUUACAUUGCAUCAAUACCAGAAAACUUGGAACCAGGUUCCGUGAUAACAUUUCCCGAGCAAUACUCGACUAAAAUUCACGAUGAAGAUAUUGGUAAGGCUGGUGUGUUCGCAUUAAAGUUACGAAAUAACAAUGGUACUUUCGAGAUAAAUCCGACUGUUGCUGAACGUACAGCAGAUUUUAUUAUCACAGUACGAGACAAUACACUCAUCGAUUACGAGAUGUAUAAAAGUUUAUCCUUUAAGAUUGUUGCUCAAGAGGUUGGUCCAGCGACAAAUCUAUCAGCAACAGCAGCGGUCGUUAUAUUUAUACAAGAUGUUAACGAUAAUUCGCCGAUAUUCGACGAAGAAUCUUAUGAAGUUACAUUGUCGGAAAAUGUCACCGUUGGAACACGAGUUAUCCAAGUGCAUGCUACUGACAAAGAUACCGGUCUCUUUGGCAGCAUUCAAUACACAGGCAUAACAGGACAAGGAAGCGAUGCCUUCACGAUAGACCCUGAUACAGGUUUGAUCACGGUCGCAAUGGGAUCAUCUCUAGAUCGCGAAAUGGCAGCACAAUUGCAAUUAACUGUACAUGCAUCCGACGAGAACGGUAAAGGUAACACGGGCGUAGCAUCUUUAAUAGUGAAUUUGCUGGAUGUAAAUGACAAUGCACCGAUUUUUGAGAAAAAUGCCUACGAAUUUACAUUAAAUUCCGAUUUAACAAAUUUCACAACACCAGCCAUCAUAAAGGCCACCGACGCCGAUGCUGAACCUCCGAACAACGAAAUUCGUUACGAAUUGAUUCAAGGAAAUUAUGAACAUAAAUUUUAUCUAAAUGAAAUCACUGGAGAAUUGAUAUUAUGUUCGCCUAUCACAAAAUUUAGACGGAAGAAACAAAGCGUUUACGACAAAUCUCCGAAAAAAUUAUACAAAGAAUUUUUUCAAUCGGAACACACCAUACGAGGAAAUGUAUUGAAAACAACAGUAUUCCCGGAUAUGAUAAAUUCUACGGAAAGUAUCCUAAACGAAAUCGAAUUGAAACAUAAAGUUAACGAAAUAAGAAAAUAUCGAAGAAGACGAGCAGAAACUGAUAUUCUAUACACUUUAACUGCCAGAGCAUACGAUCUUGGCGUACCUCAUCUAUCGAGCGAGACAGAGAUCUCCAUCGUCAGAAGAACUGCCAUGGAAGCUCGCAUAAUGAUGUUCGUUGUGCCAGGAGAACAUCCAAAUUUAACGAGGACCGCUGAGACAUUAGCUACUAUCACAGGUGGACGAAUUACCGUAUUGGAUACACGACCUUAUGUGCCGGAUAAUAAAACAGGCGUUACAGACAAUGCUAUAUCGAUGGAAGGAAAAAGAACGAUCGUUAUAGCUCGCGUCGAGCAAACUGAAGUCGGAACACCCCUGGUAGAUGUAGAAAAAAUUCGCAAUAUAUUAGCUGCGAAUGGGGUGGGAAUUAUUGGCGGCACAGGCACUACCAACGUAUCUGUAACAUACAACGACGAAACUACCACGAAACUGCCAAUCGAUGGGGUAAUUCACAAAGGGGGAGAUAAUACGCGGACCUACGUAAACAAAACAAUCACCAACGUUCACGAGGAAGUAACUGUGUAUAAAGCGGAGAAUAAAUUGCUCUUUUGGUUACUGAUUAUUCUGGGCCUACUGAUGUUGUUGGCAAUUGCAGCGCUUAUUGUCUGUUGCAUCUGUCCGGGUUGUCCAUUUUACAUGGCACCUAGAAAGCGCAGGAUAUACUCGUCGGAAAAGCUUAUCACUCGAUUUAACGGUCGACCGAAACGGCAUCUUCAUCGAAAACCAUUGGCUACAAUCGAGAUUACAUCGAAUGGAAGAAAGCAAGCUUGGAGCGCAGAUCCAGCUCAAAGAAACUGGCAAUUUAAUCGUCGAAAUACUAAGAAUGGUGGCUUAGCAUCGCUCCCUGGUGAUGUCGUGUAUAUUUCGGAGCGUCCUCCCAUUGAUCAAGCAAAUGUAGAGUCAUUAAGGUUACGUGAUGGCCCGGCCCACGAUCCUUCAAGAAGGAGAAGAAUCGAGGAGCAGGAGAGAAUGUAUGUGGAAGAUGUCGAGGAAAAGAAAAUUAGAGAUUACAAUGCCACAGACGCGGAUUCUUUACAACGACAUGAAAUGGAACGUGAUUCGGACAUUCUGCAUCAAGCUUAUAGACAAAGAUACGUCGAUCCUGAAUCAAAUAACGAGCCGGCGGUAAGAGAGCAACACUUUUACCGCGAAGGAAACGCAGAGGUAUUGCAAUUAGUAACGCGAGGACAAGUAGAAGAUACGAGUCAACAUCAUUAUCCGACGACUUUUAUAGUGGAUGGCAAAGAUGUACUUUUGCAGCGGUUUAUGCAAGAUCAGAAAGCGCGGCAAGAACUAUCAAUGCAGGAACCCGAGGUGCUACGCACGGUCGAGUCUCAUCAACAUCCAAGAAAUUUAUAUCAACAGGAAAUUCUUCUUCUGCCGGAAGAAUUAGAAGAUAGGCGUCGACGAGCGGAGGAAUUAGAUUCUAACGCUCAAAAAUUGACGAUGGGUGAUGGAUAUGCGGCGCAGAAGAUAGACCUGGAAUCACAAAUGCGAGAGGUUCAUCGUCAAGAGAUUUCGAUAAACAUGCCCGGGAUAUCGGAUAAAACAUCGGUUCCCAAGGACCAAACGGUGCAAUCUGCAACGAUGCAAUCGUACGCGUUUCAUGAUCUGGAGCUGGCAAGACAGAACGUCUUGCUGACGCGAUUACUUUUGGAGAGAGAAUCCAGGUACGCUGGUGGCAUCACGAUGGACGCCGUGAGUUAUUUAGAAACUCAAAGUCUUCCUGGACAAGCGGUCAUUGCCACACAGACCGAAAGAACCGCUGCAACUCAAACGGAACGACAUAUACGAAGCAGAAGCGACAAUGAUGAAUCCGAUGAGGAUACUCGAAACCGAAAAAAGAUGAAGUCAAAGAAACGCUACGAUGAGGAAAAAUUGAAGAGAACGCGGACCUUAUGGAUGAAGUCGCCUAUCGAGGAAGAGGAAAAAGUAAAAGAGAGACGAAAGGCAUCCUUACAGCCUAAAGUACUGCGGGAAAUAUCGGAUUCUCUCGACGAGAACGGAAGCACUUGUCGUGAAAGAGAAGGAAAGUCGGCGAAAACUUGUCAACAGCCCAUCGAAGAGACUAGCAUUGCAUAUAAAAUGUUGCGUGAAAAGAAAAAUGGCUCUUCGUCAUCUAUAGAAGUAGGUAGACAACAAGAUGAGAAAACUUUCGAUGAAAAAGAAACGGAGAGCUUCUCAUCACCGGAAAUAAGUGUCGAUAAUAGAAAAUAUAUCCAAGAAAGGGUGGAGAAAAAGAGUUCGAGGAAAGAAAGCAAAUUAAAAAAAGAAAAAAAGAUAGAAUCCGUGAUAAAACCUAGUUUUCGGGUUUUAGAAAAAGAAAUCACGAUGUUGACGAAAAGACUGAGUAAACUCGCCGAUAAAAAGGUACAGGAAGCCACAAGGGAAGAAAGUACGAGUCAAGAAAAAUCGAGGACAUCGGAAGACUUCAAAAAAGAUCUACGUACAUCGAAGAAAAUAGAUGAUUCAAAGAAACGCAAACAAUCUGAAACUUCUCCAGAUAUAGCAAAAGAGGCGAAGACUGAAAAAUUUAUUUAUCAUCAACCGCAGAUUAUGAGUCCUGGCAGUACCGAAUACGAAGAUCCGUUUGAAAAACCGAUGAAAUCAAAAUCGGAAUUUCGUCAAAAAGUUGCAAAGCACAAACAAACAAGUAGCCAUAUGAGAACAAAAAAACAGACGCAGAAAGAACGUAAAAAACAAAUCGCACAACAGGAUCGAGAGCCCGAAAAAUGCAAGGAUGCCGCGAGUAAAGAAAAUAGCAGAUCAAGCAUCGAGAAGACUGCUAAAUUAUUAUCACGUACGCGUAAGUUAGCAACUAUCGGCCGUAGAAAGCACGUUUCGGAAGAACCCAGCACGAGUACAAGUUCCGAUCGAAUAAACGGUAAGAAGGACUUGUUCGUCAGUCGAGAUUCUGACAAAAGAAGCGCAGAUUCUGCAGAGAUUUCAUCGCAUCAUGUGGAUCAGCAAAAACCGAAACAGAAAUUAGAUCACGUGAGCGAGAGAUUCUCCGAUGAUUUUGUAACAGAACCACAGAGAAAAGACACCGAUCGACAAACCGCUUUUCAUUCAACGAUAGAUAUAAGCACGCAUAAAAAAGACAUUGCAAACGAUAAAAAAAUAAUACAAUUUUCAGAUGAUUUUACAAUAGAAACACAAAAGAAAGACAUGGAACAUCAAAUGCAAACUGCUAUUGAAAGUGAGAUUGAGCAAAGUGCAUGUUCCGAUAGUGGCAAAGAUCAUGUAACAUUGAAAGAAAUGGCCAAAGAUAUCUUAUUUUUUCAAGAUCUAAAAUAUACACAACCAGAAAGUGAGAUAACAUUAGACACUGCAAAGAAACGAGAAUUUGAAACGUCUAAUAUAGAAGAUUUGGACAGCAAAAAAAGGACAAUGCCUUUAGAUUCUCCUGUCUUAGAAACGUUAAAAGAGGAUCAAAUAGAGAGACCAUCAUCGCAUAUUGAUAAAAAUGAUAUCGAAGACAAAAUAGCUUACAUGUCCGAAAAACAUGAGAAAGAAACAAAGAAACCCUUACAUGAAAUUGAAAAAGAAAUGUUAGAAAAAGAAAAAAUUACAUUAGAUGAUACACUCGAAUUAAAGACGUUAGAAGAUGUCGAAAGAACUAUGAGGAAAGAAAAUGAGGAACAAUAUGUAAAAAGUCCGAAAAUAUCGAAUGAUGUCAUGGAGCAUCACGUCGAACAAAUAGAAGAAUAUAAGAAAAACGAAUUGUGUAGCGACACUAUCACAUCAUUAUCAAAAAUGGAAAAAGAUUUAAAAGACAUUAAAGAUGUUACGCACUUAUUAUAUACAAAAGAAGAAGACAAAACUGUAUGUAAACCUGAAAGUGAUCAAAAAGAGGAAUUAAGUCAUGAAUCCAUGAAAGAACAUAGUGGAGAGGAAAUGCCUUUAGCAGAAAUUACAAUAGAUACUAAACAAGAUGAUGGAAAAAUGAUAAAAAAAUUAGUACCGAAAGAGAACGAAGAGGACUCGUCACGUACAAUUAAAAGUGACGAGAAAAUGAAAAUUACAAAGUCAGAUAUCGACGGAUAUCAAAAUGUUAUUGAGAAACCGGAAGAGAUUCUAAAAGAAUAUGUGACUCAAGAUUUAGAGAAAAUGGAGAAAGACGUAGAAUCAAUAACUGAAACAUUUGAAAAAUCGUUCGAUAUUAGGCAAUCAUCUAAAGAUGAUUCUGUAAAUUUACCUGGCAUUCACCGCGCGUUUUCAAUCAAUGAUAAAACAUUAAAGUAUAUUGAUGAUACAAGUCAAGAAGAUGAUUUAAGCCAAUCUGAAUCUGGUGAAAUAAUACAUAUUGUAAAGGAAGAUAUCGAUACAGACAAAUUGAAGCGCUUUAGUGAUCCCAAUGCAAAGACAGAGAUUGAAAGCCAAAAAACUGAAGAAGAAUCGCAUAUGUCCUUUCAAGAAAUAUCCAAAUUGCAAGAAACAAAAUUAGAAAAAACGAUUGAACCUGCAAAAGAAAAAGAAGAAUCAUUUCUCGAACAAUCCCAAGAAAAAGCGGAAGAAACAUCUUCAGUAAAGGAAAUAUCCGAUAAAGAAGUAAAAAUGAUACUUGAUAAAGAACUUUCUACUGAUCAAUUACCGAAAGAUACAGAUCUAGAAAAGUCAACUACCAGCGAGUCAGAAAAAUUGGAUAAAUCUGCGACAGUUGCUGAGAAUAUAGACGUUGCAGAAUCACGAAGCAAUGGAGAGCACCAAACAGACGUAAGCGUUCCAAUUUUUAGCAGCUUUAUUGAUGAUACAAUCGAUGUUUCGGAGGAGAGCGACUCAUCCAGUGAUAUUUCCAGGAAAACAACGCUGACCAUGAGACCCUAUGAUACUCCGCGUCAUCGGCAAAGGUGGCAGCAACAAGAAAGCCUUGAAAUAGCGGGUAUGUCUGAAAUAAGAACUUUUAAAGACGGAGAAGAUGCAAGAGUAGAAAUCGAAAUGGGAGAGAAUACAGGCAGUAACAUAUCGCUCGAUGAAAUUGAAAAUAUCAAAGAUUCGAUUGCGAUUGAAGCAACGAUUAAUGAAUCACAGACACAUGCAGAGAUCGCUACUACAUCCGAAAAAAUCUUUUCCAACGGUGAAAAAAUUUUAUCCGUAUAUGACUUGAAAAAAGUAAAUGAGAUUAAAAAAGACAGAGAUUUUAAGUCAAAAUUUGAAGAAUCAGAAGCUAAUAUAAAAUCGGAUAUAAAAGAUUUAUUGACAACAAUUCAAGAUAAAGUUUUUUUAAUUGUAAGCGCUAAAGAAUUAAACGACACGUUAAAAGAAAAUGUUAAGGAUGAAAUCCUUCCGAUAACAAAAGAGGACAGGGAAUGUAAAAGUGAGAUUGCUACACCUCUUAAGAAGAUUGAAAAAAUUUUCGAACCUAUGCAACAAAAUGACAAAAGUGAAAUUAGAUCGCCUUUGAAACAAGCUGAGCAAAUAGAUCUUACAGAAGAUAGAAAAAAACCCGAAGAUACCAAAGUAAAUAAAACGAGAAUAAAAAAUUCUCUGGACAAAAUCAAAACUAAAGACAUCGAGGUAGAUAAAAUAAAAAAUAAAGACAGUAAAAACGGCACUUUGAAGAAGUAUGCUGGAAAAACAGAGCUUCUCGAAAGCUCUGCGAAGAAAAGAAAGAAACCUGAGCGACCAAAGAUGCCUUCACCCGGAGAGAGAAAACGCGUUCUUGACGAAAAGUCAAAGGAGAAAGGUACGCCAAGUCAUUCUCAUCAUCGAUCUCGUAAGUCCAUUGAUGGCGAUCCAGAAAAAAAAUUUAGAGACGACGGAUCGCAGAAACAAGCAUCGCGAAGCGAAGAGGAGAAUCCGCAAAAACAAGCGUUGCCUAAAUCAAAAUUCAAGAAAGACAAGAAAUUUACAAUUCCCUCGAAAACUAGUGAGAUCGAUACGAGUAAAACGCAAUCGAAGUACAUGGCCUGGUAUAAUAAAAAACGCGACGAGACCGAGAAGAAGAGACUGGAAAAGAAGACGGCGGAAGACGAGGAACAGUUACCACGCUGGGUAAGUAGAGGCUUGAAACAAACAGUUAAGCAAAAAGAGAAGCAAAGUAUAGAACACAAGACUCCGGAAGUGACGCCGCGUACGAGACGCAAGAUCAAGCCUUUAAUAAAUGUCGAGUCUGAACAAUUGAAGGCUAUCGUGCGCCAAGGACGACGGUUAAGAAAAGCCGAGGGUAAUCUUGAGGAGGAUCCGCCGAUCCAGAUAUUUGCCAGAACACCGCCGAUUCCUACGGACACCCAGCAUCGUUUGCUGCAACACUCGGAAUAUAAAUACGAGAGGGUACCGCCGCCUUUUUAUCUUCAUCCACCCCCGCCAGCGCCGCAUCCAUCACCGCAACUGUCGCCGGAGAUAUCCCUCGAAAUACAACCAUCUACAUCGCAAUAUGAGCAAUCUGAGAACGAGUUGCAUUCGGAGAGCACCGUUGCACCGUUCCAAAGUGGCACUCGUCUACGUCAUCAACAGCUUCUCGAAAAGAAAAGUGUUUUCGAUAUUGCAUACAGUGAAGCCGCGCCAUCGCAACUCCGAUCCGACAGCGCAACUCCACCGUCUUAACUCUCUUGGACAUUAAUAUU